GCAUGCUGCUCUGUUAAUGUUGUAGCUACUGUAUGAGGAAUAUACAGCACGCGCCUCCCGCGUUUACCACAGAGCGCGCGCACAACAAAACUUCACCUGACAGGACCGAUCGUUCCUCUGAAUUUAUAAUCAUGACGUCACAGGCGGAAAAGACAAACUCCAGACACACACAGGACUCAGAGCCCAGCCUCACUUUACUCUGUUAUACUGACACAAACCCCACAGACGCUCAGGACACUGUGUGUGACAGUAAUCACACCUUGAAUCAGGAUGAAUCUACUGAUCAAACCUCCACAGAGUCUCUGGAUUCUGUCUGUAACGCUGGAGAACAGCAGAUCCUGAACACCAGACCACUGAACAUGUGUUCUGUCAGACUGAUCGGGACUGAUGGGAAACUGAUAAAAGCAGAACCCACGUCAGAGGAAGAUCAGACCGCUGAUGAGGACGAAGAUGAUGAUGAUGAUGAUGAAGAAGAAGAUGAGAGUGAGGAUGAUUUUUUACCUUCAGAUGAGAGCCGUGAUUCGUGUUCUGAAGGAGCCUCGACGUCAAAAGAGCACAGGAAGAACAUGAAGAGACACAGUGAUGAAAAACCUUUCAACUGCAGUGAAUGUGACAAGUGUUUCAGCACCAUACAAUAUCUUGUGAUUCAUCAGAGAACUCACACGGGAGAACUAACGUACAAGUGUCCUUACUGUGACAAGAGAUUCAACCAACUAGACAAUGUAGAGCGACACGUGCGUGUCCACACCAAUGAGAGACCGUAUCUGUGCGGUGAAUGUGGAAAAGGCUUCACGCAGUCAAGAUGUCUGACACAGCACCAAAAAAUACACUCUGAGAAACUCUUUCAGUGUUCACACUGUGAUAAACGCUUCCGUCAUAAAAAUAGUCUGAUUCUUCAUUUAAGAGUUCACACCGGAGAGAAACCUUACCUCUGCUCUCACUGUGGAAAGAGCUUUUCACAGUCGAGUAAUUUCAAAGAUCAUCUGAGAAUACACACAGGAGAGAAACCUUACGUCUGCUCUGAUUGUGGGAAGAGCUUUUCUAAUUCAAGUGCUUUCAAAGUUCAUCAGAGAGUGCACACUAGAGAAAAGCCUUAUCCCUGCAGUGUUUGUGGGAAGAGUUUUACUCGAAGUGACAAUUUAAAGACUCAUCAGAGACUUCACACUGGAGAAAAACCUUAUAAAUGUUCUCAGUGUGAUAAAGCGUUUACGCAGAGAGUUCUCCUGAAACUCCAUCAGAAAGUUCACACAGGAGAGAAACCAGGAAAAAAACGACCUGUGAAGAAGACUUAUAGAAGUUGUUACGUCAUCAUGUCGGGACGGCAAUGUGUUCUCUGCUUUGAAAGAAAAUCCGUGUUAUUUUCACUCUCAAAGGGUGAUGAUGUAAAGAAUCGGUGGUUACGGUUCAUUUUUUCUACAAAACCAGAGCAGUACAGCCCGAAUCUUCUGCUGUGUGCCCGUCAUUUUACUGACGACUGUUUCUCUAAUAUCGGCGCGUAUAACGCGGGAUUCUGUAAACGCUUGUGCCUGGAAGAUGGAUCAGUACCCACUUUAUUUGCAGCAGGAUGCGAUUCCGUAUCACAGCCGGUUUUGUCGUGUCAAACUUCAGUGUGUGAUCAGAGCACGCCACUGCUGGACAAACUCUCUGAACAGAAGUCCAGACACACACAGGACUCAGAGCUCAGCCUCACUUUACUCUGUUAUACUGACACAAACCCCACAGACGCUCAGGACACUGUGUGUGACAGUAAUCACACCUUGAAUCAGGAUGAAUCUACUGAUCAAACCUCCACAGAGUCUCUGGAUUCUGUCUGUAACGCUGGAGAACAGCAGAUCCUGAACACCAGACCACUGAACAUGUGUUCUGUCACACUGAUGGAGAUCAAAACAGAACCCACGUCAGAGGAAGAACACACUGAUGAAGAUGAGAAUGAUGGUGGAGGCGAUGACAACCACGAUUUUAUCCCCCCAGAUGAGAACGGUGAUUCGUGUUGUGAUGGAGAAACGGCCUCUACUUCAAAAGAGCACAGAGGUAUUCACACGUGGGAAAGAAAGCACACGUGUCCUCACUGUGACAAGAGACUUUACAGUGCGUCUCAUCUAAACCGACACAUGCUUGUACACACCGAUGAGAGACCAUAUCGGUGCGGUGACUGUGGAAAAACCUAUAGGUAUUCAGGUAGCUUAAAAUCUCACAUAGGAAAACACUCUGAAAAGAAACUCUAUCCAUGUUCACAUUGCGGGAAAUGUUUCUCAAAAAAAAAUAGUUUGACAGUCCAUGAGAGAAUUCACACCGGAGAGAAACCUUACCUCUGCUCUCACUGUGGAAAGAGCUUUUCUUCAUCAAAUGCUUUAAGAGAUCAUCGGAGAAUUCACACUGGAGAGAGCCCUUAUCUCUGCUCUGAUUGUGGAAAGAGUUUUACUACAUCAAGUGCUUUAAAAGAUCAUCAGAGAACUCACACCGGAGAGAAACCUUAUCAAUGCAGUGUUUGUGGGAGGAGUUUUUCAACUUCAUGUCAGUUAAAAAACCAUCAGCGUGUUCACACUGGAGAAAAGCCUCAUCCCUGCCGUGUUUGUGGGAAGAGAUUCACUCGACCUGACAGCUUAAGGACGCAUCAGAGACUUCAUACAGGAGAAAGACCUUACAAAUGUUCUCAGUGUGAUAAGACGUUUAUUCAAAGAGGUCAAUUGACUUUUCAUCAGAAGGUUCACACCACCACAUUUGAGGUCCUUCAAAACGAUCGAACCAUGAAACCACAAGGUGUUUUUAUUGUGAAGCAAAAGUUGUUGUUCAAGGAGGGGGAGUAUUUGAUCAUCAUGACGUCACAGACUGACGGGAUGUGCUCCAGACACACACAGGACUCAGAGCUCAGCCUCACUUUACUCUGUUAUACUGACACAAACCCCACAGACGCUCAGGACACUGUGUGUGACAGUAAUCACACCUUGAAUCAGGAUGAAUCUACUGAUCAAACCUCCACAGAGUCUCUGGAUUCUGUCUGUAACGCUGGAGAACAGCAGAUCCUGAACACCAGACCACUGAACAUGUGUUCUGUCACACUGAUGGACUGCAGGAAACUGAUGGAGAUCAAAACUGAACCCACAGAAGAAGAAAAUCAGACUGAUGAAGAUGAGAAUCGUGAUGAUGAUGAUGAUGAGGAGGAGGAGGAUAAUGAUGAUGAAUUUGUUGGUGGUGAUGAUGAUGAUGAUGAUGAUUUUAUUCCCUCAGAUGAGAGCAGCGUGUCAUGUUCUGAUGGAGAACCGACCUCUAAAGGAGAGGAAGCUGAAGAAAAACAGCACAAGUGUCCUCGCUGUGUGAAGAGAUUUUCCAAAACAUCUCAAGUUAAGAGUCACAUGCGUUUACACACCAAUGAGAGACCGUAUCUGUGCAGUGAAUGUGGAAAAACCUUUAGGCAUUUAAGUGCUUUAAGGUCACACCAAAAAACACACUCUGGGGAGAAACUCUAUCAGUGUUCAUACUGCGAUAAACGCUUCUGUCAGAAGUCAUAUUUGAGGAUUCAUGAGAGAAUUCACACUGGAGAGAAACCCUACCUCUGCACUCACUGUGGCAAGAGUUUUUCUAAUCCAAAUACUUUUAGAGCUCAUCAGAGAGUUCACACUGGAGAAAAAACUCAUCACUGCAGUAUCUGUGGGAAGAGUUUUUCAACUUUACGUCAUUUCAAAGAUCAUAGAAGAGUUCACACUGGAGAAAAACCUUAUCCCUGCGAUGUUUGUGGGAAGAGUUUCAGUCGACCUGACAAUUUAAGGACGCAUCAGAGACUUCAUACUGGAGAAAAACCUUAUAAAUGUUCUCAGUGUAACAUGGCGUUUACUCAGAAUGUUCUCUUGAAACUCCAUCAGAAAGUUCACACAGGAGAGAAAUCCACCCGUCUGUCUUUAAAGAAAGAUUCCUUGUCUGAGAGGUUUUCAGACUCAUCAGAAGAUCUGUCAGAACAACAGGAAAACCCUUCAUAAAAGAUUUAGACAAACACACAGUUCAAGUCAAUUUUGUUUUCUCAUUACUGUGUUAUACUAACAUCAGCUUUUUAUAUGUCUUUAGAUAUUUAGAUUUAAAGAACAAAUCAGAUUUCUCUCUCAGAACUGUUGAUGUGCUGUAAGGUUCUGAUGGACUCCAGCAGAUGUUAAACACCUCAUGGAUUCACUUUGAAUGGAUCAUUCAUGACACUUUAAUGACCCUGUUGUACAUUUUUACUACAUUUCAGAUUCUGUUCCUCUAGUCAGUGACAUAAA